AUGCCAUAUGACACUUCACCGUGGCCGGCCAAGGACAUCGUCUACACCACGAUUGUCGGCUCGGUCAUGAUCGCGGCAUUCCUCGAAUGGUUUCUCUGGUUGGCGGCAUUCAUGUACUGCCUGGUGAAGGUAUAUCAGAAAGCUGAGCACUGGUCAGUGAAAGUCCUAGCCGUGGUCAUUGCCAUAGCUUUCUCGGCUCUGAGAUUAAUUUUCCUUCCCAUCAUGGUCGUUACACUUCCUCUCCCGAGACAAAUCAACCAGUACUUUCCCACCACGAUGGUGUCGUUCUUUCAGUGGUUCGGUUUCUGGUCGUUUGCGGCCUUGUUGACGAUACCUUGGCUUUUCUGUGUAUACCAGCUGGUCACCCACUCCCUCGGACGGACGAAACGCAUAAAAAGAGUUCUGGACGAGCACUCUGCACCGAAGGUGGUCAUUGUCAUGCCAUGCUAUAAGGAGGAUCCCGACACCCUCGUGACGGCGGUCGACUCGGUUGUGGAUUGCGACUACCCACCUUCUUGCAUACACGUCUUCCUCUCUUUCGAUGGAGACCAGGAGGACGAGCUGUAUCUCAACACGAUAGAGAAGCUGGGUGUGCCUUUGUCACUUGACUCCUACCCGAAAAGUAUCGAUGUUACCUAUCGAACUGCCCGUAUCACGGUUUCUCGCUUCCCUCACGGAGGAAAGAGGCAUUGCCAAAAGGCGACGUUCAAGCUCAUCGACAGAGUCUACACCGCCUAUCUGAAGCGCAACGACAAUCUCUUUAUUUUGUUCAUCGACUCGGACUGUAUCUUGGAUCGCGUCUGUCUCCAGAACUUUGUAUACGACAUGGAAUUGAGCCCAGGGAAUACCAGAGACAUGCUGGCGAUGACCGGCGUAAUCACCGCUACCACCAAAAAGCACAGCCUUAUUACGCUUCUUCAGGAUAUGGAGUAUAUUCACGGACAACUCUUCGAGCGUACCGUCGAGUCCGGAUGUGGAGCCGUCACCUGUCUGCCUGGCGCUUUGACGAUGCUGCGAUUCUCCGCUUUCCGACGAAUGGCAAAAUACUACUUUGCAGACAAGGCCGAGCAAUGCGAAGAUCUCUUCGACUAUGGAAAGUGCCAUCUUGGGGAGGACCGAUGGCUGACCCAUCUCUUCAUGAUCGGUGCAAAGAAGAGAUACCAGAUCCAAAUGUGUACCUCCGCAUUCUGCAAGACGGAAGCAGUACAGACCUACACCUCGCUUAUCAAGCAGCGCCGAAGAUGGUUCCUCGGUUUUAUAACCAACGAGGUUUGCAUGCUAACUGAUAUGAGAAUCUGGAAGAGGUACCCAAUCUUGGCAGUAGUUCGAUUCAUGCAGAAUACCAUUCGGACCACCGCUCUCCUAUUCUUCAUCAUGCUGAUCUCGAUCAUUAGUACGUCGCAGAAGGUUCAGAACCUUCCUGUCGGGUUCAUUGCUAUAUCUCUAGGCUUGAACUGGCUGAUGAUGAUUUACUUCGGCGCCAAGUUGAGGCGAUUCAAAAUCUGGCUGUAUCCUCUCAUGUUUAUCAUCAACCCAUUCUUCAACUGGUACUACAUGGUGUACGGAAUAUUUACUGCUGGCCAGAGGACAUGGGGUGGCCCCAGAGCAGACGCUGGAGCAGCCGAUUCGUCAACCAGUCCUCAGGAAGUCAUUGAGAAGGCGGCAGCUGAAGGCGACGACCUCAACGUCGUCCCAGAAACUUUCAAGCCCGCGGCUGAAGCCCAGAAGGACCUGCCGCUUCAGCCCUCUCAUCGCGUCGAAGGUCGCUUCACGGCCCCAGAGAGACUUCCAGGAGGCUGGUACCAUCAGACGAACGAUUCCCUGGUCAGCAUGGCACCGGGGGGAUUUGGUGCUGCAGGCAAUAGACCCAAUCUUCAUCCGAGGGAUUCUUUCGGAAGUGAAAUUUCGGCUGGAACUAGUACCGACUCUGUUUACAUGCCUCGACGGGUGGAAAGCAUCAUGGGAGAAGAGGACAGGAAGAAGUAUGCCAUGGCCCAAGCAAAUCAGAAGCUCGCGGGUGGUGCAUACUUUAUGACUGGUGCUGGCUCUCCAUCUGGGCAGGUGUAUGAGAUGACAGAGGCGGAUUUCAAAAGAGGGCGAUGGAGGGCUUCUGUCGAGUCUUUGGAAUCUUGCCGCGAUGGAGCAAACUCGCCAGAGAUGGUCCCCCCCCCUUCAGAAGCCGGGCCAUCGGCAGCGUUCACUUUUCCGCAAGCGGGAUCUGGAGCGCAGAAUAGGCGAAGCGGGAGAAGUCCUUUGGCGAGAGUCAGUUUAAUCAGAACUGCAUCGAAUACCGACGGCUCUGAUAUCGAGCUGGAGGACCAACACCCACAAUCGCAAAUUCCAAAUCGAUCCUCCAGCCGGUCACAACGGCCACCAAAAUCUGAAUCUCGACAACGCCCCUGA